AAUCCAAUCCAAUGCAUGAAUGAAAUCCAAAAUAGCUCAAUCAAUCACCCAUAGUCAAGCAUUUGAACCCAUUUUCCUUGUUUGGUAGUAGGUGAAGUUCAUGAAUCAAAACUUGAUCUUUUUCACUCAAAUUAUUUUCCUAUAAGCACUUCAUCAUCAUUGUAAAAUAAAAUUAGUUGGUAACUAAUAAAAUCCCUUUUCAUCUCAAUCCAACAACCACACCUUACACCUUACACCUUACACCAACCCCCAAACUCUUUCUCACAAAACCCUCCCAACAACAAAGAACAAAAUAUACAUUUAACAAAAAACCAAUAAUAAAGUUUGAAACUUUAAGCAAAAUUAAAAUGGCCCAGUUGAGCAGAAUCAACAAUUUAGCUCAAAUUACCGAUUUUUUUCACCAUUCAUCCAAUCCCCACAAACCCAAUUCAGCAAAAUCUGUUUCAUUGAGGUCAAACCUUUGCGGUUCCUCAAAAUCAUGGAGCUUGAAGCAUAAAAAUGGAGUCUUUAUUGAAAAUUGUGAUGUGGGUAGGGGAAAUUCCUUUGUCAUGAAGGCUUCUGCUUCGGUUGCUGCUGCAGAGAAGCCGUCCACGGCGCCGGAGAUUGUGUUGGAACCCAUUAGUGAAAUUUCUGGGACUAUUACAUUGCCUGGAUCAAAGUCUCUAUCCAAUCGAAUUUUGCUUCUUGCUGCUCUCUCUGAGGGAACAACUGUUGUAGAAAACUUGCUGGAUAGUGAGGAUAUUCAUUACAUGCUUGAGGCAUUGAAGACCCUUGGACUUCGUGUAGAAGACGACAAAACAACUAAACAAGCAGUUGUGGAAGGUAGUGGAGGAUUAUUUCCCACUGGUAGAAAAUCUAACGAUGAAGUUAAUUUAUUCCUUGGAAAUGCUGGUACUGCAAUGCGUCCUUUGACGGCAGCCUUGGUCGCUGCAGGGGGGAAUACAAGAUACAUACUUGAUGGGGUGCCCCGAAUGAGAGAGAGACCAAUCGGGGAUUUGGUUUCUGGUCUUAAGCAACUUGGUGCUGAUGUUGAUUGUUUUCUUGGCACAAACUGUCCACCUGUUCGUAUAAUUGGGAAGGGAGGGCUUCCUGGGGGAAAGGUGAAACUGUCCGGAUCUAUUAGCAGUCAGUACUUGACUGCUUUGCUUAUGGCAGCCCCAUUGGCUCUUGGUGACGUGGAGAUCGAGAUUGUUGAUAAACUGAUUUCUGUUCCAUAUGUCGAAAUGACUUUGAAGUUGAUGGAGCGCUUUGGAGUCUUUGUAGAACACAGUGCUAAUUGGGAUAAGUUCUUGGUCCAUGGAGGUCAAAAGUACAAGUCUCCUGGAAAUGCUUUCGUUGAAGGUGAUGCGUCGAGUGCUAGUUACUUCCUAGCUGGUGCAGCAGUUACUGGUGGAACUAUCACUGUUAUAGGCUGUGGGACAAGCAGUUUACAGGGAGAUGUAAAAUUUGCUGAAGUUCUUGAAAAGAUGGGAGCUAAAGUUACAUGGACAGAAAACAGUGUCACAGUUACCGGGCCUCCACAGGAUUCUGGUCGGAAAGUCUUGCAAGGCAUUGAUGUCAAUAUGAACAAGAUGCCGGAUGUUGCCAUGACACUUGCUGUUGUUGCACUAUUUGCUAAUGGUUCCACUACUAUUAGAGAUGUGGCAAGUUGGAGAGUUAAAGAGACAGAAAGAAUGAUAGCAAUCUGCACAGAACUCAGAAAGCUAGGAGCAACAGUCGAAGAAGGUCCUGAUUACUGUGUGAUAACACCACCUGAGAAAUUGAAUGUGACAUCAAUAGAUACAUAUGAUGAUCAUAGAAUGGCCAUGGCAUUUUCUCUUGCUGCUUGCGGUGAUGUUCCGGUUACCAUCAAGGAUCCUGGUUGCACCAGAAAAACUUUCCCUGAUUACUUUCAAGUCCUUGAGAGGUUUACAAAGCAUUGAUCAUUCUUCUUGUAUAUUAAGUUAGCUAUAGGCAAGAGAGAUAAACUGAAGGGAAAUAAAACACUCACAAAGUUGUGAGUAUUUGGCUUGGUUUUUGUUUCUAAAUGUUCCCUUGUAAGGACUUUUAAGAUUAUUUGUAUUGUUGAAAUGAGGUAUUAUUGAUUUUGUUGUAAGAAUGUAAUUUAAAUCAUCAAUACUUAGUAUGUAUUUGGUUUCACCGUGGCAAAAUUGAUUUUGAUUGAAUUGAUUUUAGUUAAAAGCGA